AUGAUGGCCGGACGCAUGUUGCAGACGGACUUUGCAGCACCACAGCUGCCGUGCCCGGCCGUGCCGCUGCUCGUGGUCAAGCCCGAGCCGCCCUGGUUCUCCGACAUGCCGCAGCCGGCAGAUUUGAUGUUUCAGCAGCAGCAGCAGCAGCAGCAGCAGCAGCAGCAGCAGCAGCAGCAGCAGCAGCAGCAGGAGCAGCAGCACCAGCACCAGCACCAGCAGCAGCAGCAGCACCAGCACCAGCAGCAGCAGCAGCAGCAGCAGCAGCAGCAGAAGGCUACAUGGGUACGGACCGCGCCGCCAUCUCCACGCGGCUGCGGCCGCAGCAGCUGCCCGCCCACCACACACGACGACCCUGUCGCAUCGCUGCAGGCGCGACUCAAGCACGUCCGCACGCGAGGCGGCGGCGGCGGCCCCGCCACCUGGCGGGGCGGCGGCGUUGCGCAGGAGGCGCAAAGCGCGCCUGCAGGGCUGGCGGGCUUCCCUGUGCUCGGCCCGGCAAGCGCCAACUGCAGCGCGCCCGCGAGCGACGCCAGCACGCCGCAGCCGCGGACUAGCUCUGGUGACGCCGCCGGCGGGCCGUGCAGCGUGGCUGCACCCCUGUCUGUCAUAGGCGCCAGCGGCGCCGGCGGCGCGACGAGCAGCGGCGGGACGCCGACGUUGGGCGGCCGUGGCGGCUUAGUCAGCAGCGCUCCAAGCCCCUUCUUGCACACGGGCCCCGCCCACGCCACGCGGCCCGGCUGCGGCGCGGCCCAUUCUCCCGCGGCGUCAGUCGGUUGUGUGUUCUCGGCGCUCGCCGUCGGGUCCACGCCCGAGCAGCCGGGCGCGGCGCCGUCGCAGUGGGCGGCGGGGCGCCUGCAGCAGUUCUACUCCAAUGAUGGCGGCGCUAACGCGGAGCCGGCGUCGCUAGCAGGUGCCAGCCUGGCGGAGGAUGACUUCAUCGACAACCCCAUUCUCGCCGGGCUCUGGGCGCCCUGCUGCGCCGGGCCCGACCCCGCCCCUCCCUAUGCGCACGCAGCGCAGGUGCCCCUGGUGUGGAUGGCAGGCGCGCCGCUGCUGUCUCUUGGCGCAGGGAUGGCCACGGGGGCGGCCGCGGCAGCGGCGGCGCCGGCGCCGCCCAUUUCUAUGGAGCAGGUUGCCGCGCAGCUCAGCGCGUUGCAGCAGCAGCAGGCCGCGCUGCGGCAGCAGCUGGUGCAGCAGCAGCAGCGGCAGGCCGCAGCGGCGCAGCGGCAGCGACAGCAGCAGCAGCAGCAGCAGCAGCAGCAGCAGCAGCAGCAGCAGCAGCAGCAGCAGCAGCAGCAGCAGCAGCAGCAGCAGCAGCAGCAGCAGCAGCAGCAGCAGCAGCAGCAAGCGGCUUACGCGUCGCCGGGCAUGCUGCCAACAGCCUCAUCACUGGCAGCCCAGGCCGCCGGCGCCUGCAGCCUCACGUGGGGCGACUCUGGAGGCCGCGAGCAGGUACUGCAGGCCUUGAGCGCCCAGAUCAGCGCCAUGAGCCCUGAGUUGCGUGCCCAGCUGCAGCAGCAGCUCGAAGUGACCACCUCUGGCGCCCAGCCCCGGGCGGCUGCGCCGGGGCGACCGGCAUCCCCAGCGGCGGCGCCGCGCGGAGGCGGCGGCGGGGGCGGCGGCGGCGGCGGCAUGCUGCAUGGGCGGUCUCGGCUGUCUGCAACGAGCGCGACUGCUGCGGACGAGCCCAUGAGAACCGAAGGGGCGGAGGCGGCGAUGGAAGACGACAACCCACCCCUGCAGACGCCUGCGCCCGCGCCCGCGCCCCUGGCAGCGGCGCGGCCGCAGUCGCCCGCCGCCCGGCCGCCCGCUCUUGCUGCGCUCUCGCCGCCAGAGUGCUCGAGCCCGCUCAAACGCGGCAGCGGCGGGGUUUGUGACGGCGGCGCGCCGUCGAAGCGGCUGCGCGGCCUGCCGCAGCCGCCUUCUUUCGCAACCCUGGUGCAGGCUGACUUGGCGCUCGACGACGCGGUGGCCUGGGCGCUGCAGGCCUCGUUCUGCGGAGCUGUGCGGGGGCCGGACGGGCGGCCCAUCAUAGAAAUCGACAGCAGCGAGGCGGCGGUCCCGGACCAACGCCAGGCGGGCCGCCUGGACGAGCCAGAGUGGCCGCAGCCGCCCGCGACUGGUUGA